AUGUUAUUUGGGGGGGGCUUUUCUUUCUUUUUCUCCUUCUAUUUCUUUAUUUCUUCUUUCAUCUUGUCUUUCCUUUUCUCUUUAUUUGUCAUUAUUUCUUCCUUAUACUUUCUUCUAAAUCUCUUUUUUCUUCUUUUACGUGGGUUUCCCUUUUUUUCUUUUGGCUUUCCUUUCAAUCCGCAAUCAUUUUCAUGCCUCAAAUUGUUCUUUAAUUCAUACCAACUUUUCCAUUCUUCCGACUCCAAUUCCUUACUUCUAAUUUUAUCCAUUCCUGCCAAUCAUUCUCAACUCGAUUAUUCCACGGCAGAGUGUCAUUCCACAAUAAAAUCCAAUAGACUGCGUCAUUCUUCUUCCAUCACUUCUCUCCUCUUGCAAGUCUAUCUAUCUAUCUAUCUAUCUAUCUAUCUAUCUCAUAAUUUUUUUUAUCUAUCUAUCUAUCUAUCUAUCUAUCUAUCUAUCUAUCUCAAGUUGGACGAUGAAUUCAUGUCAGUGAUGAAUUCAUAUCUUUUUCGUCGAUCGUAUUUGUCCGCUAAAAUCACUUCAGAGAAAACUCGAAUUCUUUUCAUGAGGCACUGUAGCAAAAUUCAGUCUCACGUACUUAACAAUCAUUGA